AUGUCAAAGCGGCCGGCGUCCAUGUCCACCACCCAGCCCGCGGUCCUCUCCAUGGCGACCGACGUCCGCGACGAGCUCGCAAGCGUCACCAUCGGGUACGCCAGCUCCUCCACCGAGACAGAGACGCCCGCCACGCGCCUGCUGCUGUGUGCCGGCGCCUGGACGCGGCGUAUUCUCUCGUCCUUGUUCCCCCUCAUCAGGUCGUCGCGGCCGCCGCCCGUUCAUAUCAAGCCGCUGGCCGGCCACUCGCUGGUCGUGCGGACGCCCAGGUUCAGGCUCGGCGACGAGUCGCAUUUUCGCUGUUUUGCACGCUCCGCGACGAGGGGUCUCGCGCUGGAGCUCUUUGCGCGGGCGAACGGUGUUAUCUACGUGUCGGGCGUAAACUCAUCGAGCACGCCAUCGGCGCUGCUGCCCACGGAUGCGCAACCGGACGGGGCGUCGCUGGCAAAGUUGAAGGACUUGGCGCGGCGGCUUAUCGCCCUGCCGCCCGGGGAGAAGGAGGAGGAGGAGCAGGAGCAGGAGCUGGAGGUGGUGCGAGAGGGACUGUGCUUCCGCCCCGUCACGGACCGUGGAGUGCCGUAUGUGAGACGGCUGAAGGACGAGCAGCUGGGUGUGAAGACACGCGGGGGCGGCGAGGGAGGCGUCUUCGUGGCAGCAGGGCAUGGGCCGUGGGGGAUCUCCUUGUCGCUGAGGACGGGUAAAGUCAUGGCGGAGUUGAUGGCUGGAAGGGAGACGAGUGCAGACGUGAGCGGACUGGGUAUCUGA